UCUCACAUCCGCAGACCACGUGUAACCGUGCCAGCUCAGGACCACCACAUUGGACCUUUGAGAAGUCGUUUUUUACUUUAAAAAAAAAAAAAAAAAAAAGCUAUUUUCCCAUUUUAAUUGAGAUCUAAGAUACUUAACUGUUACCAAGAAAUUAUUUGAUAUUGAUAUAAAAACGUCGGCAUUGGGCAUUUAAUUAAUAUCCAGGCUGGCUUUGUGAGAUUUGUUGCAUGACUGCUUUGCAGGCCGUCGAACGCGGCCGCCAUACUCGCCUAAGCAUUUUCGUGAUGUCAGUUGAGCAGCGACAGGCUACCGCACAGUGUUAAAAUUACUGAUGGCGCAGGAGGCGGACGAAAUAGAUAUAAUGAUUAAUUAUCACGGGGGUUUUGAAAAAAUAGACCGGAAAAACAGCCGUUAUCCUUAUUGCGUCGUUUGGACACCUAUUCCAAUACUGUCGUGGUUGCUCCCCUUCAUUGGUCACAUGGGGAUCUGUACUUCUGCAGGCGUGAUAAGAGACUUCGCUGGAUCGUACUUAGUGUCUGAAGAUAAUAUGGCCUUUGGAAGACCAACAAAGUACUGGAAGCUUGAUGUUGAUAAGGUGUGUGGCACUGGCUCAGCUGCCUGGGACAAGGCAGUGCACGACGCAUCGGAGGAGUACAAAUGCAGGCCGCACAACCUCUGCUGUGAUAACUGCCACUCCCACGUGGCCCUGGCCCUUAACCUCAUGCGCUACGACAACAGAACGUCCUGGAACAUGGUCAACCUAUGCCUGCGGUCCCUUAUCCACGGCAAGCAUGUCAGCUGUGUGUCUUUCCUCAAGACCUGGCUGCCCUUCCUUAUGUUGACUGGAGCCCUCGUCACCUUCAUCCUAACGCUCAACCUGCACUGACCACACAAGGGACACGAAGUGGGAAACGGAGGGGAGAGAUAAUACAAGGGAUUUUCCUGCUCUGUUGUAAUCAUAAAAAGUGAAAGAAGAAGAAUAAAUGUUUUGAUGGGACACUUCUUUGUGCAGUACUAACAUUCACACUCUCAUGAGGGUAGUUAUGUCCAGCUGUUCUGGCUUGUUUUGAAGUACAUUUUUACUAGAUUCAGAAAGGAAUGUCAUAUAAAUGAACGUUUGGCUUGGGAUAGUCGUAACUAUAUACAGUGCCUUGCGAAAGUAUUCGGCCCCCUUGAACUUUGCGACCUUUUGCCACAUUUCAGGCUUCAAACAUAAAGAUAUAAAACUGUAUUUUUUUGUGAAGAAUCAACAACAAGUGGGACACAAUCAUGAAGUGGAACGACAUUUAUUAUUGGAUAUUUCAAAAAAAUUUAACAAAUCAAAAACGGAAAAAUUGGGCGUGCAAAAUUAUUCAGCCCCCUUAAAUUAAUACUUUGUAGCGCCACCUUUUGCUGCGAUUACAGCUGUAAGUCGCUUGGGGUAUGUCUCUAUCAGUUUUGCACAUCGAGAGACUGAAAUUUUUUCCCAUUCCUCCUUGCAAAACAGCUCGAGCUCAGUGAGGUUGGACGGAGAGCAUUUGUGAACAGCAGUUUUCAGUUCUUUCCACAGAUUCUCGAUUGGAUUCAGGUCUGGACUUUGACUUGGCCAUUCUAACACCUGGAUAUGUUUAUUUUUGAACCAUUCCAUUGUAGAUUUUGCUUUAUGUUUUGGAUCAUUGUCUUGUUGGAAGACAAAUCUCCGUCCCAGUCUCAGGUCUUUUGCAGACUCCAUCAGGUUUUCUUCCAGAAUGGUCCUGCAUUUGGCUCCAUCCAUCUUCCCAUCAAUUUUAACCAUCUUCCCUGUCCCUGCUGAAGAAUAGCAGGCCCAAACCAUGAUGCUGCCAGGGUGAUGAGCUGUGUUGCCCAAAAGUUCAAUUUUGGUUUCAUCUGACCAGAGCACCUUCUUCCACAUGUUUGGUGUGUCUCCCAGGUGGCUUGUGGCAAACUUUAAACGACACUUUUUAUGGAUAUCUUUAAGAAAUGGCUUUCUUCUUGCCACUCUUCCAUAAAGGCCAGAUUUGUGCAAUAUACGACUGAUUGUUGUCCUAUGGACAGAGUCUCCCACCUCAGCUGUAGAUCUCUGCAGUUCAUCCAGAGUGAUCAUGGGCCUCUUGGCUGCAUCUCUGAUCAGUCUUCUCCUUGUAUGAGCUGAAAGUUUAGAGGGACGGCCAGGUCUUGGUAGAUUUGCAGUGGUCUGAUACUCCUUCCAUUUCAAUAUUAUCGCUUGCACAGUGCUCCUUGGGAUGUUUAAAGCUUGGGAAAUCUUUUUAAUAUAUCUUUUUAUAUCCAAAUCCGGCUUUAAACUUCUUCACAACAGUAUCUCGGACCUGCCUGGUGUGUUCCUUGUUCUUCAUGAUGCUCUCUGCGUUUUUAACGGACCUCUGAGACUAUCACAGUGCAGGUGCAUUUAUACGGAGACUUGAUUACACACAGGUGGAUUGUAUUUAUCAUCAUUAGUUAUUUAGGUCAACAUUGGAUCAUUCAGAGAUCCUCACUGAACUUCUGGAGAGAGUUUGCUGCACUGAAAGUAAAGGGGCUGAAUAAUUUUGCACGCCCAAUUUUUCAGUUUUUGAUUUGUUAAAAAGGUUUGAAAUAUCCAAUAAAUGUCGUUCCACUUCAUGAUUGUGUCCCACUUGUUGUUGAUUCUUCACAAAAAAAUACAGUUUUAUAUCUUUAUGUUUGAAGCCUGAAAUGUGGCAAAAGGUCGCAAAGUUCAAGGGGCCGAAUACUUUCGCAAGGCACUGUAUAUAGAACUGAUAUAGCAUCUGCUAAAUUACGAUAAUUUAAAUGUAAAUAUAUUGUCUAUGGUCAUAAAUUCAAAUUGGUCUCUCUUACUGACUCCUAACCCCCAUUUAACCAGUGUGGGCCACCCGUCACUCUUAAAUGCCCCCAGCUUAUACCAGCUCAACAUAAUUUUACUUUGUAAUUG